AUGCCGCCAGUGAUCUAUAAGUCACCAUAUCCCUCAUGCACGCUGCCGUCGACGUCGAUCUUCACAUUCCUCUUCUCUGGCCACCAUGACCACUCGCGCACGGCGUACAUUGACGUCCUUACAAAGCGCACCCUCACGCGCGCUCAAGUACGGCUCAUGGCUCUGCAACUCGGCCAUGGUGCGCGCAAGGAUCUGAGGCUCGAGAAAAGCGAAGUUGCUCUCGUGUUCUCGCCGAACUCUAUCGCAUGGCCGGUCGUUUUGCUCGGCCUCGUCGCCGCCGGCGGUAUUGCCACGCUUGCGAACUCAGGAUAUACGUCCUCUGAACUGGCACACCAAUACAAGGAUAGCGGCGCGCGUUUACUGUUUGUGCACCCGACGCUAUUGACCAUCGCACGCGCCAUGUUCGAGAGUCUCGGGUUCAGCAAGCAAGAUGCGGACACACGGAUAAUCAUCAUGGAUCUCGACAUUCAUAGCGCCGACGGGCUACGUGGGGUGAAGAGCUUGAUUGGAGGCGGAGCGCUGGAUGCGGAGGAACAGUACGGUGGCGAGCGUGCCCAUGAAACCGCGGUGAUAUGCUAUUCCUCUGGCACGACCGGCCGCCCAAAGGGCGUAGAGACGACACAUCACAAUCUAUCCAGCGAUUUGGUCAUCUUUAAUGCUGUCAGUGGUUGGGAUGCCCAAGAUAGCUUCAUCGCAGCGCUUCCCUUCUUUCACGUGUACGGUCUCAACUUACUUCUCUUCAACCCAUUCUAUCUGGGUGCUCCCGUCGCAAUCGUUCCGCGAUUCGUACCAGACAUCUACUUCGCUGCCCUCGCAGAGCAUCGCAUCACGCGCGCCUUGAUCGUUCCACCCAUCGCCCUUGCCUUUGCGCAUCAUCCCGCCGUGGAGAAGCAUGAUUUACGCUCGCUGCGCCUUAUCCUAUCGGGUGCCGCCCCGCUCAGUGCCGAGCUACUUGCUAUCCUGAACAAGCGUUUCAUGAAGAUCGGCGCGGAUGUGACCAUCACCCAAGGCUACGGCAUGACGGAGCUAAGCACAAUCAGCCACUUCGUGAACGAGACCGAUGCGCGUGCCGGCAAAGCGUUUACUAUCGGUCAUCUUCUACCCAACCUUGAAGCUCGGCUUGUAGUGAGCGACGAGGACACCACCGUCGACGCAAAGAAGCCGGGUGAACGUGGGGAGUUAUGGAUCCGUGGGCCGAUUGUGAUGAAACGGUACCUGCGGAACGAGAAGGCGACACGGGAGACCACGACGAUGGACGGUUGGCUCAAGACGGGCGAUGUUGCCACUGUCGAUGAAGAGGGGCGCUUCACAAUUGUUGACAGGAAGAAGGAGCUUAUCAAAUACAAAGGCUUUCAAGUGUCGCCCGCUGAGCUUGAAGACGUACUCCUGGGCCACCCCGAGAUCAUUGACGCAGCAGUCAUCGGGAUUCCCGCUCCAGACCACUCCGGUAACGAGCUUCCAAGCGCGUAUAUCGUACGUGCGCCUCGGUCGACAUCCGCCCCGGACGACUUCGCGAAGUACGUAGCUUCACGUAUCGCAAAUCACAAACAACUCCGCGGAGGCGUAGUCUUGGUUGACGCGAUACCGAAGAGCGCGUCCGGGAAGAUCCUGCGGCGGAAACUGAAAGAGCUCGCACAACUCGUGCAACCUGGUGCAGCGAAGCUGUAG